CCCUUGUCGGGGCUUCAGCUUUCACUCUGCUCGGGAACCGGAGCAGAGAGGCUCGGGGUUGGUGCCACUGCUGAGCUACUCUUGCUGUUGCUCCUGCUCCUGCUGCUGCUAAGAGGCUUGCCGAGCCCGCUAUUUUCUCUGCUCUCCUCCCACAAACUGAAGGAAGGAGUCUUUGCAGGCUCGGCGUCUUGCGCGAGCAGCUUUUUCCUCGGUUUUUGCAAGGUUCCUCAAAGAAAAGCGCCGGAAGAGAAAAGGGGGUACUUUGGUCGCUCCCCCUGCCCACCUCCGCGGCUUGGAUGGAGGCGAAAAGGGAAAGACGGCUGAGCCACCUUUGCUGCAUCUUUUAUCAGCUGUGCUUCCUGUCAGAUCGGAUCACUUCAGGUCUACAACCUCUGGGAGAUUUUGAAGAGUGGGAGAUUGUUUACCCAGCCCUGUGGAGUAGAAGCCAACAGGAAUCCACUGGAGGGAGUGGUGCAGGAGGCAGCUGCAGUCUUGAUGGUAACUGUGGGAAUAGCAGCAGCAAUAUCAAUGCUACCUCUGCAUCCACUCAGGGAGUGGGCAGUUCUCGUGAGAUCCGCUCAGUUUCUUCCUCAUCUGACCACCAGCACCAGCAACUGCCAGUUCGGGAAACUUCAGAGGAUGAAUAUGAAUCUCAGGAUUUCUAUCACUGGUCUCCACUUCCUCAGGGAUCUAAUGGUACUUCUCAGCAACCAUCUUAUCUAUAUGUAUCUCCUUCAGAAGAUGAGGAUGAGAUGUUGCUGAGAAUACCAGCUUUUGCUCAGGAGCUCUAUCUGCUGCUUAAGAGGGACAGUCGCUUCUUAGCACCAGGUUUUGCAGUGGAGGAACGACUAUUGAAUGAAAAGAGUACCCCAAAUUUGAUCCACACACAAACAGAGAGAGCCUGUUACUAUAGUGGGUCUGUGCUGCAUUAUCCUGGAUCCUUUGCUUCCUUUAGCACUUGUGGUGGUUUG